CAGAGUUGUGACAUCAGAGCGACGCAGAGGUCAGAAACCCUCUCUUACAGCCAUCUUGGAUCCUGUGCCCUGAUCUAUCCAGAAUGCCAGGCGAAGCCACAGAAACUGUCCCUGUUACAGAGCAGGACAUGCAGCAGCCACAGGCCGAGACGGCCACACCUGCUGGUCCUGUGCCUCCCCCUGUUGCUGCGGCCCCUGUUCCCUCUCAGGCAAAGCCUAAAGAGGGCAAGACUAACCCCAAGCUGUCAACAUCUCUCACCUCUGCUCCUAAAGCUGUUCCUGCUGGACGCAGGAAACGCUCCUCUCUUUCUGCCUCCUCAAGCUCCCCCACCUCUCCAAAAUCUGCCUCUGGCCCUCGUGCUACCCCACCAUGCUCCCCCCUGGCUUCUCCUCCAGCUGACUCUCCAGUCACUGGGAAAACUGAUCAAACUGUUCCCAAGGUUAUAAAGGCUGGCAAACAGGGAAAGCAACAAAAAGCAAAGUAUUUCAAACCUGCCGAACAUGAGCAAACGGUUGCACCUCCCUCCGCCACUAAGCAUGCUCAAGAGCCUGCACCAGUUGCAACUAUGCGGUCUAUUGCUAUACCAGAACCAGAGGUAGCAAAACCAGCUGAAGAUUCAGCUGAUUCCCCUGUCUCUCCCAAAGUUGCUGUGGCUCCUGUGGCUUUUAAAAUAACCUCCAAGCCUGCUGCACCUGCACCCAAAUCAUUUACAGCAGACAUGGCCUCCAGUCCACCCAAAGUGGCUGAAGCUCCCAAGGUUACCAAUGAAGUACCAAAAGAAGCAACCGCUGCUGUUUCGAAACCCAAGAGUUCUGCACCUCCAAAAGCAGCAGCUAAACCUGGCCCUGCCCCAGUGACAGAUGUAAAGGCAGCCCUGGCUGCUUCUGUUAGCAAAGCAAAAUCUCCAAAAGAUAAGCCAGCUGUGGCCCCCCCAAAGCCUGCUCCCUGGGUUGUGCCAGCAGCAUUACAGGAUGAUGAUGAUCUCCCACCACUCAUACCACCUGAGAAUCCUGUUACAAUGCCUCUUUUCCCACACAUGCCACCUAGCACAAUCCCUGUAGUUACCCCAGCAGCUCUGAACACUGAGCUUGUCCCUACCAGUAAGGAAUCUGCCCCUAAGGUUGAGGCUGCUUCUGCCACUAAAUUUCAGCCUGCCCUUAAAGUUGAGGCUGCUCCUCCACCAAAAGUUGAAUCUGCUCCUGCACCUGAAGUUGAGGCUGCUCCUGCCCCUAAUGUUGAGGGUGCUCCUAAAGCUGAGGCUGCCACUAAAUCUAAGCCAGCCCCUGCUGCUAAAGUUGAGGCGACUGCUACCUCUAAAACUAAGCCAACCCCUGCCCCUAAAACUAAGCCAACCCCUGCCUCUAAAACUAAGCCAGCUCCCACCCCUAAAGUUGAGGCUGCUCCCGCCCCUAAAGUUGAGGCUGCUCCCGCCCCUAAAACUAAGCCAACCCCUACCUCUAAAACUGAGCCUGCUCCCGCCCCUAAAACUGAGGCUGCUCCCGCCCCUAAAGUUGAGGCUGCUCCCGCCCCUAAAGUUGAGGCUGCUCCCGCCCCUAAAACUAAACCAACCCCUGCCUCUAAAACUGAGCCUGCUCCCGCCUCUAAAACUCAGCCAACACCUGACUCUAAAACUAAGCCAGCUCCUGCCCCUAAAGUGGAGGCUGCUCCCGCCCCUAAUGUUGAGGCUGCUCCCGCCCCUAAAACUAAGCCAACCCCUGCCUCUAAAGUUGAGGCUGCUCCCGCCUCUAAAACUCAGCCAACACCUGACUCUAAAACUAAGCCAGCUCCUGCCCCUAAAGUGGAGGCUGCUCCUGCCCCUAAAGCAAAGACAACCCCUGUCCCUAUAGUUGAGGCUGCCUCUAAAGCUAAGCCUGCCCCUACCUCUAAAGGUGAGGCUCUUCCUGACGCUGCUCAUAAAGCUGAGCCUGUCCCUACCCUUACAGUUAAACCUGCCCCCUUUCCCAUACCAGUUAAACCCCCAUCCAUACUGGAGCCAGUCAUCAGGAACGACAAGGGGUCUGGUACUGAAUCUGACAGUGAUGAAUCUGUUCCUGAUUUGGAGGAACAGGACUCUGCACAGACACAAACACAACAGGCACAGCUUGCAGCUGCUGCUGAAAUCGAUGAGGAACCUGUCAGCAAAGCAAAACAAAGCAGAAGUGAGAAGAAAGCAAGAAAGGCCAUGUCUAAAUUGGGUUUGAGACAAGUUGCAGGCGUUACCAGGGUAACCAUUCGCAAGUCUAAGAACAUACUCUUUGUCAUCACCAAACCAGACGUCUACAAAAGUCCAGCUUCAGAUACAUACAUUGUCUUUGGUGAAGCCAAGAUUGAAGACCUGUCCCAGCAAGCUCAAUUGGCAGCUGCAGAGAAGUUCAAGGUCCAAGGAGAAGCUGUUUCAAACAUUCAGGAAAACACACAGACACCUACAGUACAGGAGGAGAGCGAAGAAGAAGAGGUUGAUGAGACCGGAGUGGAAGUCAAGGACAUUGAGCUGGUCAUGUCACAGGCCAAUGUGUCCAGGGCAAAGGCUGUGCGUGCACUGAAGAAUAACAAUAAUGACAUUGUCAAUGCUAUUAUGGAAUUGACGAUGUAAAUGGAGAUCAGGGACUGGGUCACAUUAAGAUGUUGCUGAUUUGAUCUACACUAUUGUUUGUACAAUUUAUACCCAAGAGAAAUAAAGGUGUGGUUUGAUGAAAUGA